AUGCCGUUGGACAGGGAGUGGGGCUUGCUUCCCCUGAGCUCCUCAAAUCCCCCAUCUGCUGACACCCGCACGCGCUUUCCCCGGAUCGACGCGGAGCCGUUGGCUCCUUACGAGAAGCGGGUAGCGGACGAGGAGGAUCCGGAUCCCUUCGUCGGGACAAGGCACAAGAUGGGCAGGACCCACACCUCGUGCCCCGAUCUGCCCUCAGCCAGCGCAAAACCUCAGGUCCUGGAGCAUGCCACGCAGCUGAUGGCCGAAGCCGGAAGUGAGUUUCUCGAGAAGCUCGCUUCCCAGGGCCAGAAGAACAAAGCUCUGGCGGCCGACGCCGGCUCAAGCCAAGCUCCUCCUGCCAAGCGCUCCCGGAGGGAGGUUGUCGGUGGGAAAGAGGUUACCACCAAGCACUACCGGAAACGGCAGAUGCCGGUUUCCUCCGGGCCCGCCCUCAAGACUACCAAGAGCGCCUCUGGCAUGAGGCCGGAACGCGCCGAGGACGCUCCCAGGCCCUCAUCUCCUCCUCAACCAAGUCCGGUACCAGUUGGUGCCGGCAAAUCUUCUGCCUCCCCUUUGGGGGGCAAAACAAGUUCGGGGUGCGCGGCCCCUAAAUCUCCUCAUCACCGCGCGGAGGAGGACCUUGCCUCCCCUCCAGAAAAACAAGACACCGGCGCCAACAACACCGGCGCCGGCACCGAAGAAGCCAGGCAGGCGGAACCUUUGGUUCCUCCUGUCCAGAAGAAGAAAAAGAAGGAUUCUACCCCCUCCCGCUCCCAGGCCGUGCCGGAAUCUUCCGCGCCGGCAAGCUCCGCUCCGGCAAAGGAUGCGCCGGAAGCUCCUGCGCCACCCAAGAUCUCGAUGCCUCCGCCGGCUGCUCCUUCCGGCAAGCCUGCUCCUGCUCCAUCCAAGGCUUCAAUGCCUCCACCGGCUGCCCCUACCGGCAAGCCUGCUCCUGCUCCCUCCUCCUUGGUGCUGCACACCAGCCGCGCCGCCUUGGUGGCCGGGGAAACGGCUUCAGCUCAGCUGGGCCGGAUUACCGAGCUCCAUCGCCAAGGAGCGGACCUUGGCCAUCUGCUUGAUUACGCUGAAAAGUGGAAUCAGGCAGACCUGACGCUGGCGACGCGCGGUGUAAUGUCCCAGGUUUAG